AGCCUCAAGGCGGGCCAUCAAGGGCCAAGAAGUGUCUCAUCAACAACUCAGAGGCGACGAGCUCGUCGCUCUCACCGCCCAUCCUCCGACCCCAUCCGCCAUCGUAAACUCAGCAGCGUACUGCCAUUGCCGAUCAACCCAACCACAAUGGCCUCUCGAUUCACACAACUUCUCUUCCUCGCUCUCCUGGUCCUCUUCCUCCCCACCAUAUUCUAUCUUCGUCCCACUUCCCCCUCUCGGAUCUACUCUCCCUCGACGGGAAGCUGGUACGGCUCAGCCGGCUCUCUGCCCGGCUCGCCCUCGAGUGGCACCACGCAGGGCAAGGGAGUCAUGAGCAAUGACGACCAGAGCAAGGGAGACAGUGGAUGGCGAUGGCCUGACAACCUGGUCGAGCCAGCUAAGCUUAAGGCCGGAGAUUACUGGAAGAGCUGGAGAGAGAGUUGGAAGACGCAGGGCAAAGGCUCAGCAGCUGGAUCACCUGGUAGUGCCGCCCCGGCCUUACCGGCAGCAGAUGGCAACUCUGCCUUUGCCUCCAAGAUGGGCAACGAAACAGCGAAAGCCGAACUAGGUCGAGCAACCUGGCGCUUCCUCCAUACCAUGACGCUCCGUUUCCCCGAUCACCCUACACCGGAGCAACGUACUACCCUCUCCACCUUCUUCCACAGCUUUGCGCUUCUCUACCCUUGCGGAGAGUGCGCAAACCACUUUCAGGAGCUUUUGAAGGAGCUUCCGCCGCAGACCAGUAGUCGAAUGGCUGCUAGUCUCUGGCUUUGUUCGGCGCACAACAGGGUCAACAAGAGGUUGGGCAAGGCAGAGUUUCCUUGCGACAAGCUGGAUGAGACCUACGAUUGCGGCUGCGGGCCAGACCCCUCGGCCUCUACGAAUGACAAAGCAGCGACACCAGCAAAAGCCGCCAAUCUCGCUGGCGCACCAGGCGUAGCAGGUGCUCCUUUACGUCCUCAUCGCCGAGGCUCGCGUCGCAGAGGCGAUACCGAUCACCGCUACGACGGCGAAGCCGCAGCAGCAGAGGAGCAGAUGGACGAGUCGCCCUUGGACGCGUUUUUUGGAGGGAUGAGCGACCCUGUUGUGGAGCGUGAUGCAGCGGGAAGGCAGUGCGGACUUUGCACCGUACGAUCUUGAGAGAACCGGCAGCUGGACCCCAGCUCUACUUCACCACGUCUAUAUCACAAUGUCUACUCUAGUUCGCGCCUUUCACACAUGUAUAUCCCUCCACGACGCUACGCCUUCGUGAGUCACUUUCCUUUUGUCACCAUACACAAAUCGAUGCUCUACUUUCUUUCAGGCAAGCGCAGGCUGUCUUGUACGUGCUUGAUUUCCUUCAUUAUGCUCAAUCAUAUCAUCUCGCUG